AAAUAAAAGUUGCGGAAGCGAAUGCAUCCAGUUGCGUAUUUUACGGGAGUGUCUUGCUUUUCAUUUUAUUGUUAUUUGGUUUAUAAUCGAUCAUUGGAAAUAAUAAAAUUUCAAAUAUAAUUUGAAAAAUUAUUAAAAUAAGUGAAACAGUACACGAAAAUGUGCAUAAAACGUGAAAAAUUAGUUUGUGAUUCGCUAAAUUAAUGUGAAAAAGGUGCACAAGAAAAGUCGGCGAAAAGAAACGCAAAGCAAAGGCAGCGUUCGUUCAUUCGGUGGCUGAAACCGUUCAUCGUGGUUGGCAAUUUGCAUCUCGAUAAAGUCGUUCUUCUGGCUCAAUUUUUUCUAUGUACAACCAGACAAGACAAAAAUAAUGUGUAGAAACAUAUGAGUUCUAUAAUAAUUAGCUCACCAAAUAAAAGCAAAAAGGAUUCAGUAGGGAGUUAAUGUGACGUAGAAAAAUCCGUACCUUGCAAAGUGCUUAUUACCAGUUGCAUGAUGCAUAGAGUGACGAGCAAGAGAUGCAGGGCCAAAAGUGACCAGUGACAUUGUAAAUGUAAAAACGAAAGUUACGCGCGAGUGAUCUCGUAUACAUAUGUACAUAAAUAGUGUAUACAACAUAAAACCACUGAAAAGUUAAUAACAAUAAAAUAACAGCAGAAAAAUAACAAGACUAUCAAGCGAUUGGCAAAAUGAGUGUGUUUAAUGACUUCCAACGUCUGUGGAUGCAACGUUUUCCACAAAGCUCUCUUUCUGAUGCCUGGGAGCAAGAUGUUCGUGCCAGUUUGGAGCGACAUAAGCAGAAAAUUAUUGAACUGACAAAGGAAUUAGAACAAGAGCAACUUUAUGUCGAAUACCUAGAGCGACUACUGUCCGAUGUGGAAAAAUUUCGCGAAUCUGGUGGGGAUCCAACAUCUCUGUUUGAAGCGGCAACUACUUCAACCUCAGCAUUACAAGGCGACUCUGAUGAUGGAAAAGAUACCAGUGCUGAUAUUAUGCUGAAAUCUAGCUUAAACUUACGGGAAGCCAACAAUGAAAAUAGAGAUAAAAACAAUAGACUCUCUCUUAAUACUGAUAACAAAUACGCGGAGUCCAGUGGCGGAAGCGAUGUAAACAGUGUCAGCGGUAGCGGCGCUUCCAAGAUAACCAGAGCUAAUGUUACUAAUGCCGGCAACGCCAAGAACGGUUGCGGGAAGCAAAGUUUCGAGCAUGAAGACAAAGAUGUAGGCACCGAGAAGGAUAGUCGACAACAAAGCGAAAAUGGUGCCUUACAUCAGUGUAUCAAUGAGUUGGCUGCUUCGUUCGGCAGUAAUUCCGCUAGCGGCGAUUCUGAGGCAGUACGCCACUCUCCGUUGGAAGAAAUUAAAGAAUUGGACAUAACACCGACUGGUGAACCAACACAGAAAACAACAAAACCGCCAACGCAGAAAACAUCGCAUUUUGUUACAGUAAUCGAGGUUAAGGAAAGCAAGUCAAAUAUGGAUGCUGAGGUAGAUGACGGAUUGGAGGGAAGUGAAUCGGCGCAGGGCACCACCACCACAACUCUAAGCAGUUUCGAACGUAAAACGUCUACCAAGGUAGAGCCAACAGCACCGCCUUUGUCCCCUGCAUUAACAUCGCCUUCCAUGUCAGCUUCAACGUACGCUGCACAUUCGGACGCCAAAAAGAAGAUGCCACCAAGGCCUCCUCCCAAAAAUAUACGCCGAGUUGAACCACCUACUAUACCAGGGCAACUAUCAUCGUCUCCGAAACGUGACUCUCCAUUUGUUGGCAGUAGUAUGCCUUUACCUAGCGGCUCUGGCAAUUUAUCCUCAUCGGAAAGUCCAGGAAAUUCGCUUGAACGUAACAUCAAACCUUCUGAUAUUUUGCGACAGAAGUCACCCGAGUCUUUGGAAGCUAAAACAUUGGCGGCCAAUCGGAAAACUACACCAGAGCUGGGCAAAUUCAAUCCGCCUGACUUGAUGGAGGAACUAGGACGAAAAGUUGGUAAAUCGGAGAGUCUGGAGAAAACCAAACGCUCAGAAAUUACGACAACGCAGAGUCCAACUGGUAGCUUGGGACGAACGAUUUCCACGCAAAGUCGUAACGUAUCGGGCCCUCCUCGAGGCAGCGGUGCCGCAGUGGGCGCGUCACCCACUGGCAGCUUGAAUAAGCCUUCGAAGCUGGCUGUAGCAGAUAGUUCAUCGACGAAUAGCUUAGAAAAGAAAUCUCGUUCUUCACUACAAGCCGCUGACAGCGAAAGUGGCCAAAGCCAGAUAGUUGGCUCAAAGGAAUCACUAGCAUCACAAGGCAUAUCGGAAAUCAUUAAAAGCUAUGAAUCUGUUUCAUCUUUGGGCUCUGACUGUGCAAAAGCCCCACAACACCUGGACAAUGAACCGUAUUACGACACAGUACCACUGGAUAAUGGCGAGGGCGAAUAUGUUUAUAUAAAGCCGGGCGGCACUGGCUCAUCGUCCAGUCGGGAUGAUCUAUCCACGCCCGGCAGUACGCUUCCAAUCGGUUCUGCUACACACCUUAGUAGCCAGGCGUCUGUAACAGAUCCUGAGUCUCCAGGUCGUAGCUCAAAUUAUGUGAAUAUUGAUUACUUUCUGCAUCAAAGCAAUGAAACACGUUCUAGCUCUCUAGACAGUGAUGGAGAGUAUGAGGGACCGCCAAUAAUGCGUACAAUUUCUCAUGAUGAGCCGAAUACCCAAACUCCUAGUGCUUUACGAAAGAAUUUAGUUUCAGCGAUACUAGUCUCUGGUAAUGCACGAGGCGCCAAAAUACGUUCUAUUUUGAGCAGUAUUAUACAAAGUGAGGCCAUUUAUGUGGAAUGCCUCAACAAAAUGCUGCAGUAUAAACGAGCCAUACACUCGACACUCGGCACAUCACAGCCUGUGAUCAAAGAAGAUGAGGAAAAUACGAUUUUCUUCAAAAUCGACGAACUAUACGAUGUGCAUACACAAUUUCUAAGCAAUUUAAAAACGAUUGUUGCACACGAAGGUGGAGACGUGCUAAUCGGUGAGCCCUUCAAACGUCUCGCCGAGAGUUUCAAUUUAUAUAGCGCUUUUUUACAUAACUAUGGCCAAGCCAUUGAAACCGUAAAGAAGUGCAGCGCAAAUAAUCCACAAUUUAAGCAAAUUGUAUCCACAAUUGUUAUAAAUUUGCACACCGAGCAAUCACUAACGCUAGAGGAUUUGCUACAUAAACCGGUGGCGCGUGUACAAAUCAAUGCUUUAGUAUUCAACGAUUUGUUGCGCGAGACACCACCCAAUCAUCCAGAUCAUCAGCCGCUGCGUCAGGCUCACAAGACCAUACAUUUGUUCUUGAAGCAGUUCAAUGUAGUUAAUCAGCGCUUACCCACAGAAUCGAACAAGAAUCUGAGGCGUAUGGUUAAGAACUCAUUCAUUGUUGAAUUAGUGGAUGGGCAUCGCAAACUGCGGCAUCUCUUCCUAUUCAAUGAUGUUAUCGCCUGUGCCAAAUACAAGGCAUCCGGUAGAGAUCGCAUCGACUACGAACUCAAAUGGUUUAUACCAUUAAAGGAUGUCAUCGUCUAUGAGGAAGCAGACGCCAGUGCUGACCUUAAAGAAUCUAGUCCUGCAAAUAUCUUGCAAUUGAAAACACAAGCGUGCACCGUACGCGAUCAAUUAUUACUUGAAGAGAAGGAUGAGAAAGGACGAAAGUCCAAUGGCUUGCGUUCGGGAGAUAAAUAUCGUCGCAAAUUGGCCGAUUUGGAGUCACAGCUAGUUUUGGCCUCACCGAAUUUAGUCUUCCGCAUUGGCAACAGAGCUACAAAUAAGACGAUCACGUUCUUCUUAAGUUCGGAUUUCGAGCGCACACAAUGGAAUGAGUCGAUUAUGUCUUUGAAGCAAACUUGUAAUAUACCCGGCGCGAAUACGAUAAACGCGUUGGAGGUACAUGCCUUCAUCGUAGCCAUGCAGAAGGGUAUGAAAACCGAAAUGGGCUCUUAUCUAAUGCGAAACACCAACGACGAAAGCUUAUUGGUCGGCGAUCUACAUAUGACUGUACAGGGUUUGACAGGACUUGAUCAGCCUGCUGAUUUGUAUAUUUGCAUUGAGGUGGAUUCUUAUGGUCAUUACUUUCGCAAGGCAACGACGAAGAUGGUAUGCCGCAGCAUGAGUCCACUUUGGAAUGAGAGUUUCGUAUUGGAACUCGAGGGCAGUCAGAAUGUACGCAUUCUACUGUAUGAAGCACAUGAGCGCCCAAAACUACGUGCUAAGCAUGUACUGAAGCUUAGUCGAAGUUGGUUGCAGGAGACUCCAAUGCCACGAGUACUGAAACUUGGCGAAACAAUAACGCUAAACACCACGCUUCGGUUUGUUCCCGGCGAAGUGACGUUACGGCGUGUGCCAACAUCGAAACCGGGUGCGCUCUUUGGUGCCAAAAUGAGUCAAGUUUUAAAGCGUGAGAAGCGUGACAUUCCGUUUAUAAUUAGUGCCUGCAUACGUGAGGUAGAGAGACGUGGCAUGUCUGAAGUGGGCAUUUAUCGGGUGAGCGGAUCGGCUUCCGAUUUGGCAAAAUUGAAGAAAUCUUUUGAAACAAAUGCCUACGAGGCUGAACAACUGCUAAAGGAUGUGGAUAUACACUCAGUAACGGGCAUUUUGAAGUCAUAUUUGCGAGAGUUGCCCGAAGCAUUGUUCACUGAUGCGCUGUAUCCGAAAUUCUUUGAAACAUUUAGCGCUUUUAGCAACAAUAACGAAGCAGCGCGCAUAAGCGAACUCACAAAAGUAUUUGAAGAACUGCCACAGGCUAAUAAAGCAUCCAUAACCCAUAUUUUGGACCACUUAAUAAGGGUGCAUAAUCAGGAAGCGGACAAUAAGAUGUCAUUGCAUAAUUUAGCUAUGGUGUUUGGUCCGACGUUACUAAGGCCUGGUCAAACGCAAGCCAAACAAAAGGACCUUCUCGCUUCCAGUACAGUUGAUGUUAUGGCACAAGCUGGCAUUCUCUAUUGCUUCCUGCAGGCUCGCAUAAAAAAGGAAUAAAUUUUCAAUCAUAAGCGAGUGGAAUUAAUGAAAUAUGAAAACCAGAAAUAUUGUAUAAUGCAUAUAUUUUUGUAGCAAGCAAGCGCCUUUGUAUGCAUGAGCAUAACCUGCGUAAGAGAAAUUAUUCUUAUAACUACGUAGCUUCCAUUGUAUUUGUACAUACAUACAUAUGCAAAGCAAAUGUCGACAGUUCGCUGUACUAAAGAAAAAACUGAAUAUGGCGAUGUAGGAACAGAUGCGUUGAAAGAUAUACAAAAAAAAAACAAAAACAGGAAAUAAUAAAAACGGGCAUGAAAUUUAACAUUUUGUAGCGUUUAAAAUAAUAUCUUAGAUACGUACAAGGUGUAUUAAACAUUUUGGAUGCGGAAAGGAAUGUGAAGUAAGAGUGCGACGAAAAUAUAAUUUUUAUAGUCGAUACGUAUACAACUACAUACAUACAUAAAUAAAAAAAAAAAAAAAAU